AUGGCCUCUAACACAAUCUUCAGUUCAGAAUCAGAUGAAGACACUUGGGUUAUCCAAAUCAAUCAGUUGGUAAGUGAAACAAACCUAAAAAUCCUGAACAAAAUGCCCGUUUGCAUUUACCAAGUUCCAAAAUCUUUGAGUUGUGCCAAGCCAGAAGCUUUUACCCCACAAAUUAUAGCCAUUGGUCCAUAUAACCAUUUUCUUCCAGAGCUCUAUCCCAUGGAAAGGUUCAAAAUUCUUGCAGCCAAAAGGGUCUUAGACCACUUCAACAAGCAUGACCUCAAACAACUAGUUCAGCAACUCUACAACACAGGACCUUUUAUCCGUGCUUGUUAUCACAAAUACUUGGACCUUAAAGACAAUACCUUGUUAUACACCAUGGCCAUUGACGUUUUGUUCUUACUCGAUUUCUUUCAAAACUAUCUCGACGAAAAAGUGUCUGGUUCUAUCUUCACAGGAAUAGAACAACAAGAAGUUCAGAGAAGUGGUGUGAAGCUUACCAAAGAUGCCAUCAUAAGAGACCUUAUCAUGGUUGAGAACCAAAUUCCAACCUACAUGUUGAUGAGGAUUUUGUUGAUUGAAAGCUCCAAACCUAUUGAUUCAGUUGAAGAACACUUGGGUUCAAUGCUCUUGUCAUUCUGUGAGAAACACUCUCCACUCAAGUUAACUCAAACCCCAACAUGUUCUGAAGUUGUCACCAAGCAUUACCAUCUCUUGGAUCUCAUGUACCAUUUGAUGGUCUCUAAGGAUGAAAAGUCAAUAACACCACCAACAUCUGAAAGCCAAGGUAUGUGUAUGCCCCAUGGUAAUGACUCUACCACUGGUGAUCCUAUAUCAAUGGGAAGUACAGAAUCUGAAGGCAUAGUCACAUUCAAAAAGAAAGUUGAUGUCCAACUAACAUGGACACAAGGGGCUCUCAAAAGGCUUAAGGACAUGAAUCUUCCUUCCUUGCGCCCCAUUAAAAAAUACCUUGAUGAAAUACUCCGUAUGUUAAACCUGCUUCAAAGUUAUUCAUCAGAAAUUUCCCCUUCUGAAACAGAAGCUCCUGUGGUUGUCACCAUUCCUUCUGUGUGUGAGCUUCAUUCUGUUGGUAUCAUUUGUCAACCCUCCAAAGGUGGCAUCAUGGCAAUUGAAUUCGACGAGUUGAAGGGCAUAUUUUACCUCCCUUUGAUCAAAUUGGAUGUAAACUCUGAAGUAAUAAUGAGAAAUAUAGUGGCUCAUGAAGCCUUGACUGAACCAGAUUUCCUCAUAUUCACAAGGUACACAGAGUUGAUGCGUGCAAUGAUAGACACUGUGGAGGAUGUUAAGCUGCUGAAGGAUGCAGCCAUCAUAGAGUCAACAAGUUCCCUCAGUGUGGAAGAAACUCAGGAGCUUUUCAAUGGGAUGAGCAAAUCCAUUGGGCCUACUAGGACAGAGAAGUUGGAUAACACCAUUAAGAAGGUUAACAAGUACUUCUAUGAUAAAAGGAAGGGCAACCUUUAUGGGGUCUUCACCAAUUAUGUGUACUCUUCCUGGAAGCCCUUCACAUUUCUCGCCACCUUUGUGCUCUUGGCUAUGACGGCUCUUCAAUCAUUUUGCUCGGUUUAUGAUUGUACCAGCCAUUAUAGACAUAAAUGA